AUGGAGGUCGAAUUUGAAGGAGGUUAUGCAGUCGGGAAUCGCACAAGAGGGCGCAUGAAAAGUGAGCGUAUCCAUAACAAAUACUCACUAAUGAAAUACAAGAAUGAUCCCUCAAACCCAAUAAUAAUAGAUAUCGAUGUAGAUGCAUCUGAUUCGAUCAGGAUUACCCCCAUACCAACCAUUGCUAAAGCUGGAGUUCUGACUCAAAGGUCAAAAUCUAAACCUGUUUCAACUGUCAAACCAAUUCAGAAAGAAGUAUCAAAACAAGGUCAGCAUUCCGGACAUAGUGUUUCUGUUGAAGUGCUUCAUAAAAAUCGUUCAAAGCAGAAAUUUGAUCUACAUUCCAAUUCCCAUUCACCUGUGCAUGGUUAUACAAAAUCAGAUAUUAGAAAAAUGUUGUUUACGUGUAAAGAGAAACAGCAGCCAUCACAUGAUGAAUCAGAUUUUAAAGACCCAAACCCAGUUAUCAGCCAAAAUAAAAGGAAAUCACCUCCACUUGUAACAGCCAAAGUUGUGCAACAUCAGGAAAAGAUAAAGCUAGAGCAGAUGUGGCCAGCCCUCAAGCAAUUAAGACAAAAGUUAAAGUCAAGAAACUGGAGAACAGAAAAUCAAAGAAGGGAGUUCAUGUGGAAGGAGUAUUUAUCAUCCAUUGGAUUUGGUCCCCUUUUAAAUAUAAAAGUAGAUGGGUCGGCAUCACGAAUUGGGUACUAUGCGGUCAACAACUUUGACCCUGAACGCAUGGUAUUGAAUGUCGAGCGGGUUACGAUCGAUCGUGGAAGACCUGCUAUAUGUUUCUGGGAUGUGGAAACCAUGCGGUUACGUGAGGAGUAUGAAAUCAGAAAUGGUGGAAUUGGUUCUGGUGAACUUCAGGAUCCUUACAUACCACAGGAUGACAAUGCCGAAAAUGUCAACUCGACGAAUGGAUUAGUUGAGGAAUACCUUUCCACCAUUGAAAGUAUGUUCAACAAGCUAGUUGAGGAUAAUCAUUUGUUGGACUCAAAACUUGUAGAAGCAAUCGAAAGGCAUCCUCUUGUUUGUGAUUUCUACGAAUGGAAAGCCAAGAUCAGAAUCUUCCUUAAUGAAGCAUCCACAAAAUAUGGAGGUGGCAGUUCUACUGAUGCAGGCAACAUUGGACCUUUAUCCCAAUGGUGGUCAGACAACGCAGAACAGAUUAACAGGUCAUGUCAAAUGGCUGAACAUUCUGUUAAAUCGUUCCACAAUUCACCCUUUCCAAACUGGAGCAUCGGGAUGACACAAGAGUUUGUUGAUAUCAUUAGCAAUUCACCACUGAAAGAUAUCAUGAAAACUCCAAAAGACCAUUGUCCAAGUCCUCUUCCAUUAUCAAUUGUUCCUAUUCAUAGUGAUGAUGUUGCUGUCCGCGCAAGAGAGUUAAGGCCAAGAAAUAAUCCCCCUGUUCUACGUUCUCCGUUCAUUGAAAGGGCAGUUGAUAUAACCAAAUGUAUAUCACGUUCUCAGAAGGACCUAUCUGAAUGGGUUUUCUCAACACAAGGUCAUCCAAGUGACAAACUUUUCCGGACUUGUGCUGGUGUAGCUGCUGAACGCUUUCACAUGGAAAGCUUUUUCCCCAAAUGUGAACUUUUUGGACAUGUACUAGAUUGUUGGAGUCAUCUGUUAAAUUUCGAUGAAGAUUUGCGUUCCAAUUUAUCUCCUCGCAGACUAUUUGCCACUACCACGUUGACGAGUUUGUAUCUCGAAAAUACUGUGUUGACAGAGGAAGAUCGUCUGAAAAUUUUUUAUGAAAAUUUGAGCCUAUCCAUUGACGAUUUUGAUGCAACACUGCACGAUGUGCAAUUACUAUUCCUGCCAGUCGUCCGUGAAUUUCAUAUUUUCCUUGUCGUACUCGACUUUCAACAACCAGCCUUUUGGAUCAUUGACAACAUCAAAAGAGAUGAAGACACCCAACACACAUAUGGUUUACUACCAGAUAUCAUUCAUUCAUACAUGAUUCAAUAUUUGCGGUCUGUUCACCAUCCAAACGCUGAAGCCUUUUCACAUGUCCCAAGACAAAUCCCCAACUAUCUUGGUCAACAGUAA